UAUUCACCAUCUUUUCUUGACCUAAAAGAAACUUAGGUCUCAUCUACUUUCUUACAUGGCAAGCAACAAACACCUCCCUCUUCUCCUUCUCCUCGUCAUCGCCACUACAUCCUCAACUUCACUUCCCUCUCUUGCGGCGGAUCAAGACAAACUCGUAAUCAAAAUCAUAGACGCAAUGAUCUCCGGAGGAAGUUUCGAAGAUUGGAGCCCAGCUUUCCUCGCAACAAACGACGAGGUACACGGUCAAGGUCUCACUUCAACCCUCUUCCUCCCCAAAACACCAGUCGAAGGAAUCAACGCAACGUCACCGCUCGUAGCUGCUUACCACAUCGUCCCACAGCUGCUUCACUUCUACAACAUAAGCCUCAUGGAGCCUCUCUCUCGCAUCCCGACGCUUCUCUCUGGAAACUCCAUCCUUGUAACCAACAACUCAGCUUCGGGUUUUACACUCGAUGGCGUUCUUGUCUCGGAGCCAGAUUUGUUCGUCUCUCCUUCCAUUGUUAUACAUCGCAUCGCUUCUCCCUUCAACUUCUCUCGUUACGGUGGCGACUAUCUGUAUUAAUAAAGCUACCUUUUAUUCGCUUUUCUAUUUUAUGUGUUCUUUCUAUUUUUAGUAUUUUAAAAUUGGUUAAGAAAAAGUUCUACAUGGAAUAUGUUUUGAGAAAUAUGUGGGUUCACGUGGAAAUUAGCCU